AUGGUCGACCCAAAGUCCGUUCCCCGAUACACGCUGAACAACGGCAAAACAGUGCCCGUCGUCGGUCUGGGCACCUGGCAGUCCGCCCCCGAUGGUUCGGUGUACCGAGCCGUCCGCGCCGCUCUGGAGGCCGGCUACCGUCACCUCGACUGCGCCUUCAUCUACCAGAACGAGGAGGAGAUCGGCAAUGCCAUCGCCGACAGCAUCAAGGAGGGCGUGCUGAAACGCGAGGACCUCUUCGUCACCUCAAAGAUCUGGCUCACCUACUACCGCAAGGACCGCGUGCCGCUGUGCGCCAAGAAGAUCCUCUCUGCGCUGAAGCUGGAGUACGCCGACCUGCUCCUCCUCCACUGGCCCUUUGCCUUCCAGCAGCAGGAUGAGAACCUCUUUCCUACUGGAGCUGAUGGAAAGAUAGUCGGCGACGACGUGGACUACCUGGAGGCGUACAAGGCCCUCGAAGACCUGGUGGACGCCGGCCUCGUCCGCUCCAUCGGCGUCUCCAACUUCAACGUGGAGCAGCUGAAACGCCUGCUGGCAGUUGCCCGCAUCAAGCCGGUGACCAACCAGGUGGAACUCCACCCCUACCUGGUGCAGGCGGAGCUGAAAAAGUACUGCAACGACAACGGCAUCGUCCUCACCGCCUACUCGCCGCUGGGCAACCCCGGCUCGGCGGUGAACUCCGCCUCCGACAAGGACAAGCUGCUGAAGGACCCGGUGGUGGGGAAGCUGGCCACAAAGUACGGCAAGAACGCCGGCCAGAUUCUCAUCAAGUACCAGGUGGCCAGCGGCAAUCUGGUGAUUCCGAAGAGCGUCACCAAGGAGCGCAUCGCCUCCAACAUUCAGAUCUUCGACUUUGAGCUGACCAAGGAGGAGGUGGCCGAGCUGGCCGCCCUCGAUCGCAACUACCGCUCCUGUGGCUUCGAGAUGACCUCCCACCUCAAGAACUAUCCCUUUGCUUAA